AUGCCGGCCCUCCGCAAGUCUCUCCGGGAGUCGCGCGACUUCAAAUCGCAGCAAAGGUCCAGCACCACACCCUACGCCUCACCCACCGGCACCCCGAGCGAGCACGUCAACGAGAAGAAGCAACGUUCAAUUACCGAGUGGACUGAACCCCAACCGCAAACUCUGGCCCCAUCGUUCGAAGAGCACGGGUUUGCGCGGCACGGCGUCUUGGAGAAUAUGGCCCCCCUCGGUGUACCUCCAAAGGCCAAGGACAAGCAGCGCGCGCGCGCUCUCGACGGACCGGCUGCACGAAAUUCGCUAUUGGGCAAGAGCUUGGGUUUCGGUGGUGACGAGGUUGGGUCGACGCCAGAAGUCACUCCAGCUCCUGAGCUUGAGCCUGACGACUCAGAGCGGCAAGAGGAGGAAGAGAUGCAGGCCGCUUUUCCCAUCCUCGAGGACGACGAGGACGACGACUACGAGCCCGCGACAAAACCGAAGAAGAAAGUGAAAGUGUCGAAAACUCCCGUCAGGGGCAAGACCCCAGUGCAGAGCAAGACACCCGUCAACGGCAAGACGCCCACAAUGAAAAUCGGUCACACGAAGAGCGCCUCGGUUUCUGCGAGCCCGGCAGUACAAGCCGUCUCCAUGUCGGAGCCAGUUGAGGCUGCGACUCAGCGCAUUCAGAUUGCUGUCAACGAUGCGAUUUCCAAAGCCAACAGCAACUCGGGCAAGCGCUACGUGGGCAUUGCCUUGAGGCGCGCCUACGAGCAGAGCAAAAUCGAUUCAGACUUGGCAGACGCGAUCGAAUCAGUUAUUCACAGAAAGAGCACCAAUGCGCAGAUGGUCCGAUUUCGCAUGCGCUAUGACCAGCAAUCCGCAGUGAAUCAUGGAGCCUCAUUCUUCAGUCAGCAGCCGUCCCCAAGGGCCAGCAGUGAGAUUGUUCCUGAUGACUCUGCCUCCGCCGUCAACGACUACCAAGAUCGAAACCUCCUGAACUCUACUAAUUCGGCUACAAGCUUUUCACACAAAGCAUUGCAAUCAGCUCUCGAUCAAAAUUCAGGUCAAGCACUUCACCCGUUCAGCAGCGCACCCGCUCUUCCAGCGACUGCAGAUACCUCAACUGAGUCAACACCAAGAAUGCCGCCCAAGUCGCCCAGAAAACGAACCGCUACCAACGGGACUCAGGCCCAGGAUUCUGCAAUGGAUGUGGACGGAGGAUUAUCCACCGGAGCACCCACUCCAGCAGCGAGGACACCGGACACUGGUGGGAGCGAUUCUGAGCUGUCAGAUGUCAACGAAGAGAUCGUCCAGAAAGGCCCUCCAGAGCCUGUGCAGCAAUGCCGGGAAGCUCUUUGGAAAGCAUGCCUACAAACAGCAGCCACCGACCGCAGAACAGCAGCAAGGGAAGAUGACCGAAUCUAUGAAAUGCGAAAAGCUAUGGUGGACCAGCAGCCUAUUCGCAAGUUCGAGCAAUUCCCUCCUCCCGUCUCUGAUGUUCGCUUUGAUGACGAAAUUCUUGAGACUGAGUCUCUGACCGACUCUCAAAUCGCCGUGGGACCACCUGUUGAUUCUGAUCAACCACGACGCGCCGGACGAGUUCCAAACCAUGGCACCAAACGCCUGCGAGAGGAUCCGUCGCGCUUCUCCUCACCUCAGUUCGAACCCGCCAUGUCGUCGCGUCCUUCAACGCCAGCAGUGGGGCCGGCACCUAAGCGGGUCAAGCUCACCAACGGACAGGGCGCCAGGACAAAACGAUC